UUGCUAGGGUAAGCUCUUCACUGUAGCUGAUUGUUGCCGUUGAACAUGUGGGCGACAUGUGAAGUGGAGGAGUCGCAGAACACACUCGCAUUCAUGGUGCAAUCUGUAAAUUUAAGGAUCGCACAGGCAGCGUCUUGAAGCAGAAGCGUGGGCUAUGCUAUGUGGUUCAACCGCGCUCACGUUAAAACAGCAAGCCAUCCAGUAUUGCAGAGGUGCUAGUGCGCCUUUCUAGCUGUCAGGUGACGUCUGUGACGGUUGGGAAAGAACUCCCCCAUAGCGGUAUUUCCUGACAUCUCGAGCUAUUAUGGAACGGUGUGCGAGCUCUGAGCGCGCUUGCACGGUUCAUUGAGCGACAACAGUGCCAAAGAGAGCUCCGAUUCCUCACGGUGGGGCGGCAUGCCGUGUUCUAGCUGCGCUCAUCUCUGCAGUCUUUUCGGCGCCUUGAAGGCGAUAGCCUACAUGUGAGAAGCUCUGAGAGGAUUCGCUGUUUGAUUUCUCUGCGCGCGCCGUGUGUGUGCUAACCGCACUGAGGCAAUCAAGCAGGACAAGAAAAGACUAUAGCCUACUCGCAUUAUCAGCAGUCUACAGGUUUCACGCUUACUGCAAAGAUGAAAUGACUAGUUCGGAAAACAACCUGCUGUGAUUUCUCGUAUAAAUGAUAGGAGAUACGAUGACACUGCUGUCUCUGUUGGGUCGUAUCAUGCGUUAUUUCUUGCUUAGACCAGAGACCUUGUUUCUAUUGUGCAUCAGUCUAGCUUUGUGGAGUUAUUUCUUCCACACCGACGAGGUGAAAACCAUCGUCAAGUCGAGCCGCGAUGCCGUUAAAAUGGUUAAGGGGAAAGUGGCGGAAAUUAUGCAAAAUGAAAAAUUCGGCGGGUUGGACGCCUUGGACGCGGAGUUAGCCAAGACUUGGGAUUUCAAGAGCAACAAUGUAGCGGUUUAUUCCAUACAAGGGCGCCGGGACCACAUGGAAGACCGCUUCAAUGUCCUGACCGAUGUUGUGAACAAGAGUCACCCAUCCAUAUUUGGGAUUUUCGAUGGCCACGGUGGUGAAGCUGCUGCUGACUAUGUGAAGGCCCACCUCCCCGAUGCUCUGCGGCAGCAGCUGCAGGCGUAUGAGCGUGAGAAGGAGAACAGCGCGCUCAACUACCAGACCAUCCUGGAGAAGCAGAUCCUCAGCCUGGACAAGGAGAUGAUCGACCAGCUCUCCGAGAAGUACGACGAAGCAGGCACCACCUGCUUGGUGGCCCUGCUGUCUGAUAAGCAGCUGACCGUGGCCAAUGUGGGGGACUCCAGGGGCGUGCUGUGCGAUAAGGACGGCAACACCAUCGCGCUGUCCCACGACCACAAGCCCUACCAGCUGAGGGAGCGCAAGAGGAUCAAGCAAGCAGGUGGCUUCAUCAGCUUUAACGGCUCCUGGCGCGUCCAGGGCAUCCUGGCCAUGUCACGCUCGCUGGGCGACUACCCGCUGAAGAACCUCAACGUCAUCGUGCCCGACCCCGACGUCCUGACCUUUGACCUGGACAAGCUGCAGCCGCGGUUCAUGAUCCUGGCGUCGGACGGCCUGUGGGACGCCUUCAGCAACGAGGAGGCCGUGCGCUUCGUGCGCGAGCGUCUGGACGAGCCCCACUUCGGCGCCAAGAGCAUUGUGCUGCAGGCCUUCUACCGCGGUUGCCCGGACAACAUCACCGUCAUGGUGGUCAAGUUCAAGGGGACCGGCGGGAAGAUGGCAGCAGAGCAGUGAUGCCUGCGGUUGCCGUAGCAACCGGACGGAUAGACACCGUCAUGGCAGCCAAACCUCCCAGAUAUUUAUCCGCAACUGUAUAUGGAAUUCAAAUGUAUGUAUGCAUAGGUACAACUGUUCUUUUUUCCAAUCCAAAAGUGUUUGUAUUUUCAAGUAACUGUCACAUAAGACAGAGUCUGUGGUCCGUUGAUCCUGAACCCACAGCUUACUUUGUCAGAGAGAUCAGUCAUCUUCACACGAUAUUUAAGGGGGGAAUUCCCACAACAGGUCUUGGCAUCUCACAAACCAUCUGACCGGCUAAAUGUCCACAGAUCUGACCAUCAACACUAUAGAGCAUCAUGUGGCAUCCAAAUGAGUGUAGUGGGGAGCAGGGGCUUAGAGAAGCAGAAUAGUAACACCACCUUCUCAGGAUCCAUCGCUAUCUACUGGCUACUGAAAUGAGGGGAACGUUCUUAACAUGUGCAUGCCAUGCCCUGCUCUGUGGAUGGUGACUCCGUGAAUGAAUGCAUGAAUGAAUGAAUGAAUGAGAGAAUCAAUCAAUCAGUCAAUGAACAAACGAAUUAAUUGGCUAAUGAAUGAAUGAGUGAAGGAUAUAAGAUCCUUAAAGCCAACACCCUUUUAGCCCUAACUAGUGUGUAGGACCACCUGGAUACAGCAUUUCACACCUGUGUGGUUGUCCACAUGUUUAAAAAGUCCAAUUAUCUCACCCCUUAGCAGUCCUCCUCAUAUGGCAUAUUCUGGCUGGCAUGAUCAUUCAGUUCAAUUCUAUUAACUGGCCAGUAUAUGUACAAAUCUUCAAAUGUCAUUCAUAUCAUCAAUGCUACAUUGCCAUGAUUGCUUAGCAUAAUUGUUAUUAUUGAUUAUAAAAAUGUAUUAUUGAAUGCAAGUGACUUGAUAUAAUGACAGAUUGUUACCUUACCUUUUUUUCACUGAAUCUAAUACAAUAUGAUGUAAGUAGUCACAAUCUAAUCUUCUAACCUUCCUUGGAAAACAAUUGAAGAACCUAAAAAUAUUAGUAUUAUAUAAUAUACAAAGACCAAGGUCUAUCAUUAUCAAGCAGAGCUGAUAUUAAAUUGUAUGCUUAAAAAGUUGCUCCAUCAUCAAGCUACAUGUUGUACAUUCAGGUCACUGAAUAUAUUAAGUCCCUGUAAACCGAAAACAAAUGUGUUUUAAGUAUGACACCACAGACAAAGGGGACAUUGACCACCCAGACAAAUCUGAAUGAAUGAAACAUUGCAAAAUACUACUAAAUUAAGUUUCAAAAUAGUGAAAGUGAAAUGGACAGUAUAGGCCCUUGGUUUCAAAAAGUGUGGCCCGGCCCAGUGACUGUGUGGCCAACCCUCUCAAUUGUUCUAGCACGUAGGUCCAACCAUUCUCUAAAUCAGCUGAUUCUAAUUUGAAUUCCAAACAAAUGUCCGAUUUUGUUUCACAAGUUCAGUUUAUGUUUUUAAAAUAAUAAUAACUUCAUGUGCAUUUAAUGGGAAAUUUAGCAAGUGCCAGACAGUUAUGUAGUUUGAAUGACAUUCAGGUAUUCCAUUUUAUUGUAGAUUUUCUGAAACUGUCUUCUGUCAGUUUCAAAAAGAAUACUAUGUAAAAUAAAACCACAAAGGUUAUUGUGAUGUAUUUGUAAAUGUAUAUACAUAACAUACAAAACUAUUUACAUUUGUAUUAUACACUGACUGACGUUUGAAGUGGUUCUUCUCAGAAAAGAGAGCAUCUGGGCUGAGUCACCUACGACUUGUUUAACACAUAAUCCAGGAAAACACUUUUUAACACAUCAUUGGCUGCAGAGCUCCGUAGUAUUAAUCCCCUGGAUUAAGAUCAUGUAACAUAAGAUCAUAUAACAAGUAUAAAAUAAGAUAACACAUUGAAUGGGAUAAGUUUGCACGGCCUUAUUUCCAGCUGGUCAUUCCUGUUGGAUAUUUAUUCCUCACAUCGAACCUUCACAAUGUCUUUUGAGUUUUGGGAUUUCAUACGGACAGGGAUUGCAAAUUCAAGUCCCUCAGUUUGACUUGCCUUUCUUUCCUGAUGAAUUACAGCAUAAGAGGGGUGUGAUUUAUUAAACAUUAAAUUGCUGUACAAUUAUGUGCAGUUUGUAUCAAAAUGGAACUCAACAGUAUACAACUUCAAGUGUAAUAUCUGAAUAUCAAAACGUGUGUGUGUGUGUGUGUGUGUGUGUGUGUGUCUGUCUGUCGUGUGUGUGUCGUGUGUGUGUGAGUGUGUGUGUGUGUGUGUGCGUGUGUGUGUGCGUGCGUGCGUGGGGAAAAUGAAGCAGUGUGUCUACGAAUAUCUUAUCCUGGCCGCAGUGUUUGCCAACGAUAAAGCAAGUAACCUUGUACCAGUAAAUGAGGAUGUUGACAGGCUGCAGUCAGAAUGUGGCAGAAUAGUUGAGUUGUUUUUGCUUGUCCUUCAUAGUGAAACACAUUGGCAUUUUCAGGAGAUCGCAUUGCCCCUUAUAAUUUCAACAUCAGAGUGCAGCAAGUGUAGGCCCACGUGUGUGGGAGUCCACUUUGGCUUGAAAAAAAAAAAAUCAUUGCUACACUUGUAAUUUUAUAAAUGUAAGAGCUACUCUGUAUGUUAUGGCUGAAGUCGUGUGUACAAUAUCUCUUACAAAUGCUAACCUCAAGUGCGAGGGUCAAAUGUCCAUGGUGAGACACAUUGCGUUUCCUUAACCCUGGCAAACUGCAGGGAUUUCUGACAGCAUUGGUAGAACAAACACACAAAGCUGCACUUAUUUGAAUCAUUCUAAAAUGUAAAUGAAAGUGACGGGCCUGGCUGGCUGGUGCCAAAAAAUAACCAUCUCCUGAGCGCAGGAGUCAGUGGAGCGAAUGUAAAUAUACAAUUUCAUUGACAUAAAUACAGUUCUUUAAAAAGCAAUGCACCAAAACCCUGGCUGUUUAGUUAAAUAUUCACAAGGGUUGGUAUGUUUCAAUGUGUAUUUUUUGGAUGUAUAUUCUUCCAAAUUACUUACUGUGUUGCAGAAUGUUUGUGGAAUUUCUUUUUUUAUUUAACAUUUUUAACAGAUGUUUCUUUGUGAAAACAGAAAACUCUGUGGAUUUUAAUAUGAAGUCAAAAUGAUCAUACUGUAACAAUAAAAAGAUUGAUGAUGUGUA